ACCUUAAAUCGGCCGCCUCGGAACCACGUGACCGUAUUCCUGGAAAGUUCCUGGAAAUGUGUCUUUUGUGUUGAUGAUGAUCUCGGUUAUUAGGCGGCUCGCUGGACUCGGCUCAGCCCAACACAGACACUGACGGACGGGUUCUGCGCAAGGACUCGCACGGUGCAGAUUGUAGGCUUGCAGGACGCGGGAACAGUUCGGUUUUGCCUCGGUUCGGCAGCCGCAACUCUGACACACGGACGCGUGAGGGCGAAAGGUGGUUUCCCUGCGCGGUGGAAUCGGACCGUGAGCCCCGUUGCAGGACGGAGAAGCGGAGAUAGAGCAAAAGCGAGGCUCGGUUCGUGGAUUUAAAGCGAAACCGAUCCCAGUGAAAUGUAACCGACGAGUGGGAGGCAUCGCUGGCGCAGACAGCUUUAGCUAGCGGCUAACGCUAGCUCCAGGUUAAUGUAAUCAGGAUGCUUCUGGUGUGUUGCCAGGACAACAGAACCGCUGCGUCUUUCAGCGACUGCAGACCUGCUCCAUGUCUGAGCUGAACGUUGGGUCUGUCCAAUGACCUGCCAGUCCUCGGAGUCUACAGAGAGCAUUGAGACGGACGCACGGGCCAACAGAACCUCGAGGGCCGUGGAAUCCGAUGAGAGCCGCAUCGCCUUAGCCAUGAAGGACCUGAAGAACACAGGCUGGUACUGGGGCAGUCUGACCGCUACUGAAGCCAAAGAGAUCCUUCAGGACGCCUCCGAGGGAACCUUCCUGGUCCGGGACAGCUCACAGAGAGACUACCUGUUCACCAUCUCGGCCAUGACGUCGGCGGGUCCCACUAACCUGCGAAUUGAGUACAAACACGGGAAAUUCAAGCUGGACUCUGUGGUUCUGGUGAAGCCAAAGCUGAAGCAGUUUGACAGUGUGGUCCACCUCGUGGAGCACUACGUCCACCUGUCCAGAACCAGUGACAAGCUUCCCAACUCCCAGCCGUCAGCAACGGCGCCCAAUGGCACUGUGCAGCUGCUGCUCACCAGACCCGUGUACACGGCCACACCGUCGCUGCAGCACCUGUGUCGCAUCGCCAUCAACAGGACAACGCGGCAGGUCCAGGACCUGCCACUGCCCCCCCGGCUAAAGGACUAUCUGAUGGACUAUGCCUAUAACGUAUAGAAUUCAGAACAGCCCGUAAGCAUAUGUCCCAUCAUGCCCUGCUGCAGAAACAUGCAGUAUCCAGAGGAGAGACCGGGACAGAACAUCUGUCCUGAGCUGAUUCUGAAAUCAUCAGGGUGUUUGGGUCGGAGUCUGGCUCCCUAUGGCAGAUGGAGCAUAUAUCAAUGGCUGUUAAACAGUUCCAGCUGUUAAACAACAGGUGACCUGAUCCAGAUCAGGGCCUGGGCCCUGUCCCCUAGGUGGAUCACAGAUUAGGGUGUCACGUCUGUUGUCAUGACAACAAGUCCUUAAAUGCAAACCUAGGGACAGUGACUUGGAUCAGAACAUUCAGACACAGAUGUUCUUAAAGAACAAGGGAUGAAAACACUGAGACUGAAAACCCAACUCCCAGAACCAGAACACGUGGAGCUGAACUGAAACUGAAUGAGCGAUCACGCAGAACUUUUCCGCUGUGGACAAAUGUACUUUGAGGUUUAAAAAUGUGUAUUUAUGAAAAAAGAUAUAAAACAUCCUUAUUAAUAAAAUGAAACCAUGUUAA